AUGGAUGUAAGGGCCUCCCAUUAUCAGGGUUACCACGGCAUAGGUUCCCCAUUUGUUGAUGUUGGCGCCCUUCCACCAACGCAGAACACCCAACAAUGGGACUGUCCAGAUUGGCUGAGUCAGACACACCAUCAAUCCCUGUCUGUUGUUCAUGUCACCCUUGGUUGGAUCAUCUCUAAGAACUCUGUUAACCACAAUCUUCUCCUCUCUCUCGGUGAACCAUCCUUUUUUGUUCCAGAACUUCUUGGUUUGGACCGCACUAGGAACCAUGGUGAACCAAGCAACAAUUCCGAUAAGCAAAGUGCUGAUUCCCUCGAUCAGGAACAGCCAAGACCAACCAGGCUUGCCCGCAACACCACGCAUGUGCAGGAAUCCGUAUGCCUCGAAGGCAGAGAUAAGCAUGGCAAGUUCCAAACUCGUGUAGAAGAAACUCAAACGCAAAGAUAG